UUGGAUUCGACUAAAAGGUCGAAGGGAUGACCUCCGGUCGCAUGCAUCUGCGAGCGGAACAACGUCCCACGGCAGACGAAGCAGACGCACGAUGCGGCUCGGCCCGUUGCGCCGCCCCCGCCAUCCUCUCGGGCUCUGGUAUGGGCCGCUCCCUCGGCAAGCACAUCGUCUCCGGCAAGCCCCACGAGGCGUUAGCGUGGCUAUGCGAAGGGCUGGGCUUCUUCGCGUCGCUCGGUUUGCACGCCGUCUUGAACGACAAAGCCUCCAAGAUACCUUUCGAAAAGGACCAUGUAUCCAAUCUUAAAUGCUGGCAUGCAGGGUGUUAAAUUUUCCAAGAGGGCAAGCUUUCUGAAGCGUGGGGAAAAAGAUUAACACAUGGGCCUGCUUCUCUGUUGUAAUUAAUGAAUUGCGAGGUCUCAAAUUUGCUGUGAGCUCAUGUUCUCUGAAGGAUGUGGAUAUAAAGAUAAACACACGGCCUGCUUCUCUGUUGUAAAUAAUGGAUAGCAAGUUUAGGUUGGAUUAGUAGCAUAUUUAGUGCUUCUUGAGACUGGUUCAUGCUUCAUAUAAUUCUAUUAUUGUUCAUCAGCAUGCCUGAGUGGCUGAGCAUUUCAUAGACCUGUUAUCUGUGCUAGAAUUUGAUUGGGACAUAUCAGCUCUUCUUGAUGUUAGAAACCUUCACUUCUCAAUCA